AUGGCGGCGGCAGGGGGCGCGGCAGGCCGCAGGGGCCCCGGGCGGCCCUGCCCCUUCUCUAUCGAGCACAUCCUCUCCGGCCUCCCCGAGCGGAGCCCUCCCGCCCGGGGCGUCCGCCCGCCGCCACCCGCCGGCCGCCAGAGCCCCGCGGAGCCCGGGGCGCCCGAGGCGGCACCCUGUGCCUGCUGCUGCUGCUGCUGCUGCGGCCCCCGCGCGGCGCCCCGCGGGCCCCCAGAGCCGGCCGCCGGGCUGGGCGCGCGGCUGCCGUGGCCGCUGAGGCUGGGGCCUGGGGCGCCCUUGCCCUUGGCCGCGCCGACCGGAGGCCCGGGGGCGCUACCCGGCGCCGGUGGUCCGGGCCCGCAGCGGCGCACGCGGCGCCACCGCACCAUCUUCAGCGAGGAGCAGCUGCAGGCGCUGGAGGCGCUCUUCGUGCAGAACCAGUACCCCGACGUGGGCACUCGCGAGCGCCUGGCCGGCCGCAUCCGCCUCCGCGAGGAGCGCGUGGAGGUCUGGUUCAAGAAUCGCCGUGCCAAGUGGCGACACCAGAAGCGCGCGUCGGCGAGUCUCCUGCCCAGAGCCAAGAAGGCCUCGAAGGAGAGCUGCUGA